UAGGGACCUCCGUUAUAGUUUACUCGUUUCAGACUCAUAGUUCAUCACCUUCCCUUUUCCAGAUCCCAGUUUCAUCUGGAUAAAUCCCGAAUCGGAGAUCUCAUUUCCUACAAGGAGUACACCAAUGACGGCUGUUUCAGUUCAUAAGUUUGCUCAGUGCAUCACUUCCCACGCGUGGAGUCCUGACAAUUCCAUGAUUGCUGUAUGCCCAAAUACUGAAGAAGUCCACAUUUAUCAAUCAUCGGAAGAUAAAUGGGAAAAAAUACAUGUGCUUCAAAAGCAUGAUCAAGUUGUAUGUGGUAUAGACUGGAGCUCAAAGAUGAACAAAAUUGUGACUGUUUCUCAUGAUCGAAAUUCGUAUGUUUGGAACCAAGAAGGAGGUGAAUGGGUGGCAACACUAGUUAUUCUAAGACUAAAUCGUGCUGCCUUAUGUGUGCAAUGGAGUCCGAAAGAAAACAAGUUUGCCGUUGGUAGUGGAGCGAAGACAGUUUGUAUAUGCUACUAUGAGCAAGAAAAUAACUGGUGGGUCAGUAAACUUAUAAGGAAAAAGCACAACUCCUCUGUGACAAGUGUUGCCUGGCAUCCCAACAAUAUUCUUUUGGCAACCACGUCAACAGAUGGAAAGUGCAGAGUAUUUUCCACUUUUAUCAAGGGCGUUGAUACAAGGGAUUCUGAAGCCGGCUCUGCAUCUGAUACAAAAUUUGGAGAGCAAAUUAUACAGCUUGAUCUCUCAUACUCAUGGGCAUUUGGUGUCAAGUGGUCUCCAAGUGGCAACACCCUGGCUUAUGUAGGUCAUAACUCGAUGAUAUACUUUGUUGAUGAUGUUGGUCCGUCACCUUUGGCACAAAGUGUCGCAUUCCGCGAUUUGCCCCUCCGUGAUGUGUUUUUUGUGUCUGAGAAGAUGGUCAUAGGUGUGGGUUUCGACUGCAACCCCAUGGUUUUUGCUGCAGAUGAAAGUGGAUUGUGGAGCUUUAUUAGAUUUCUUGGUCAAAAGCAGACAGCUCCAACAAGUGCAAGGGCUGGUUCUCAGCACUGUAACAGAUUUCAGGAGCAUUUGGAAAACUAUAUGGUCAGUCAAAGUACAACAAUGCCAGUGAUAAUGGUAACGAUUCUCAUUCGAGUGGACGUGCACAUGAAAACUGCAUUACUUGCAUUGUGCCAUUGAAAAAGGGAAGAGAUUCAAAAGUGACACACUUCAGUACUUCAGGACUCGAUGGUAAGGUGGUUAUUUGGGAUUUGGGAAGCCAAGACAUAGCAGACUAUCUCUGAAACACCCAUGGAAGCUAUUUGGGUGUUGUUGUUUGAAGCUUAUAAAAACUAUUUCGUGUACAUCAGAUCUGUUGUCAGCUAAAGCAGCUAAGUUUCCAGAAUCUUUCUGUAAUCGACACAACUUCAGCUGUAUGACAAGUACGGAGUAUAUAUUGUUAUACGACUUGAAAAUAUCUUUGUAGGACAAAAGGCAAAACCGACAUGUAACUCUGGUAUUGUUACUUCCCUGCGUUUUCAAAUUUUUAUGGCAAGUUGGUAUGGAUGAA